CUGGUCAAUCUAUGGGUAGAUAGGAAGGUGAUUGAGGGACUAGGCGAUCGUUCGACUGACUGAACAUUGUUCGCAUCGGACAGCUCUCUGAGAGGCCUUAAAAAACACAAAUGUGUUUUCGAUAAACCUCUUAAUUAUGUCAGGGUGUUACAAAGAUCUCCCACUGAAUCUCUAAGGCUGUUUUCUUUGAGAGGCCGUUUGAUGUUGAUUGUUUUUCUCCGACUCUUCAUCAGCACAAUGGGUGUUACUCUGGAAAGGGUGCAGAACAAAUUUGCAUGCAUUAUUGGAGAGCUGACCAAUGAACCGCUAGUGCUUUCACAGUUUGCAAUAUGGGUGGAUUUACGCAUUUCAGAGUACAAAUCAAAAGGCACAAUAUCUCUGGAUUGUUCAGGGGAAUCGCCAGACCCCUCCUGGCUCAAGGGUCACAUCAACCCACCUCUGCACAGUCUGCCUAGCAGUCUAACAGGGCAUGGCGGAGUUCACAAUUCAUUUACGCAGAAAGCAAGGUUACCAAGUAGAGACUCAUCGCGUUUGUAUCAGAACAAUAGAAGUGUAGAAACUGUGGAAGGUGUGGAAUAUGUGUCGGACAGAUUAUCCCCUGAAGUUCAGGCAAUCAAGGAGGAAAUGUCAGAAGGUAUUUAUCCAGUUUCAGUGCAUAAGCACGAUGGUGCUGGCACGAGAAAAAGGACAGCAGAGAGUUUCCAGAGUAGUGAUCAAUCCUUAUAUUCGCAAUCGGAAGGCAGCUUUUUUCCUGGGCAGAAUUCCUCGAACACUUUCACGGGUGGCACCCCAAAAGCUCGCCGCGUUGAGGCAGCAGGUGAUGAUAAUUCAGCAGUCGAAUCUCCGUCAAACCAAAGCUUUAUGUCUGUUAUCGGCGACUCUUUUCAAGAGACAGACGAUCCAAGUCAAAGUGAUGCAAGUCUGUUAGAAGAGCAGUCAAGGGGAGGUAAUUUGGCAUCCCGGUUCAGUGCAGCAAACGCCCCUGCUAGCAUGUCAUCUCCGUCGACGAGUGACGGGGCACGGCCUGGGACCAGCGGAUCAGCAGCUCCGGACGGACAGAGGAACUUUGCGGCCUUUGGAGGCAACGUGCCGGACAUGUCGAUGGCAAGCGCUGGAGGUAUACCCCUACCGAACUGGCCUACUACGGCACCAGCGCCAGCUACAGCACCGACACCAAACAAAAAAGAAUCUGCAUGGUUUAUCGGACGUCAAAGCAAACGGAACAUUCGGGCCCGGGUGAUGAACUGCCACGAUAAAGCGGAAUCGACAAUCCGGGGUAUGGUGAAUGUUGUUGGCAUUGUAGAACGUUUCUUGCAGACCAGAAAUAACGAUUUUCGACGAAUCGAGGAAAUUCCGCCUACAGAACUGGACAACUAUCUCGUCGACUUUUUUUAUGAGCUUAAAAAACCCGAUGGUCGUGAAUAUGAUCCUUAUUCCUUGUCAAAUCUCAGGUCGUAUUUAGACCGUUUUCUUCGAGAGCACGGUUACCCUUACUCCAUCGGUGUGUCUCCUGUGUUUGCUGCCAGCCAGCACGCCUUCUCCAGCAAGCGGAAGAGCCUGCUAACAGUUCGCUACACGCAGAAGGAACUGGAGCUACAAAUGGAACAGCGCUACACACACAAGGACAUGGAACUGCAUAGAGAACACCUGACGAAUCUGUACGCCACUCAGAUGAUACGCGAAAUGGAAUCUGACCCUUUCAAACUGCUGUACGCCCACACGGAUGCUGAGACGGCCUCUCAGAUCAGGAAUCAAGUACUGGACGAGUCUGGCCGAAUGAUGGUGCCUGGCUCCAGCAAUCAUGCUACACAGGAGAUGACGCGGAACUCCGCUACUGGGCGCUCCUCCUCCUCUCCACAAGACUCGAUACGUCGGGACAGCGCAGGAGGAGGUGUCGGCGGAGGAAGUGAUGAUUCGCAGCCUUCUAACGGGAAGGCGGAUAAUUCUGGACAAAAGGGAGAUAAUCCAGAAGGUGUAGGCUCUGGCGGUAUCGAGUGAAAACAGCGUGGUGUCCACAUCUUCGAAAAAUAUCAGGAGCAGUGUUGGGGAAAGUUCAUUGAAGUCAUGAAAUAGGCCACAUAUCAUUCCCACGGACAUGUAGACUUGUGUCUCACUUUCCAUUAAAAGAAAUGCGAAAUAAAGAGACAGAAAACUUGUUCGGCCCAGAGACCAUUCCAAGAGCCUAUAGGAUUUAAUGCGAAGUAUUCCUAAACUCUCUAUAUUGGACUGUUCAUUGUCAUAUUUAUUAUUCUAUACCUUCUUUCGGGAUGUACUGCAAUAGUUUUGCUCAUCUGUGUAUUUAACUGGGUAGCGAGCUGCUUAUCUAUCGAUCAUGCUCCCUCACUAGGUCACCUGUGUGAAGCCGUGCAGGCCUUGUCGCAGGCGAUCAACCAUUGACUAAUGUAGCCGUCGGUCCAAAUCCAGCUCUUUUUGCUACGGCUGCGGCUUUCAGACGUCCACCAAGAGGUUUGCCAGGUACCUGGGGCUGUGGUUUUUAACCUGGCGUUGCCGAUUUUCCACCACCCAUAAACCUGACCGCCGUUAUAUACAUGUAAAUAAAAUAGUUACGUGUGCGGCGUUAAACCCAAGUAAGCACAUCCGUAAAGUAUCAUGAUGACCUGGGUGGACAAACGCGUAAUUGCGAGUCCUGCCCUCAUGUUUUGUGUUGGUUAGGUUUGUAAUAUUGAUGAUGAACUUGUGUGAGACUAACGCAUAACCAUAUAGCUUCUAGACCAAGAGCAAUUCUAAAUAGUGAUUUAUAUUCGGUGAAAUAAUGCUUCUUAUUAGAGACUAGUUUAUUGAUGAUGAUAAGGAUGAUUUUUUUUAUAUAUAAAUAUAUGUAUUAUCUAUAUAUGUAUAUGUCGCGGACAUUUUAAUUUAUUCAUCUUUUUGAAACAACCAAAUGUGGUUUAUAUUGUGAUGUAUUGUGGCAGUGGUCAUUGUGACGUUUUCAUCGAGAUGGUGUAUGGCGUAGUAAUAAAAUCAGUGUCCAUCAACGUAGAAACAAGUGAGUCGGCCUUUUUUACAACUUUUUACGAGUAGAUAACAUUGUCCUUUUAGUUCAACAUUUGACCUCGACUUAAUGAGUUUCACUUUGGUUCUCAGGUACUGAAAAAUGAUAUAGUUUGUUCUUCCUCUGGAUAUUUCCAUUCGGAAGCUAACACUCACGAACAUAUGAUAUUAUUACUUCGGAGCAAAGUGGUGAGUCCAGAUCGUGAGCUCAAGCACCCCUAGAUCUUCGACGUAAAUUUCUGUGUUAGUAUACAGUCCGAGUAUUUUACGAUGACACAUACCCACACAUGCCCAGUGUACAUACUACUUGAGGGGACAGAUAUCACCACAGCUUUGUACACCUUAUAACCCUCCCGAAAAGGACUAGAAGAAUGUUCUGUUUUAAGGGACUCUAAACAUACAUAGCCACUGUGACGAUCGAUUGAUAUCGCAGCAGUAAAGUAAGACUGACAUUAUUGGAGUUCUGAAAUCUAGGAGAUUAGAACAUGAGAUGUUUGGUCUCCGUUGAGCCCAGUAGGUCAGACACGAGGCUUUCACCAGGAACAGUAGUGUAUACUUAUCCUUUGUCAUAGUAUAGUGUAUAGUAUGGUAUAGUGCCAUUACUACUGGCAUACAUACGCACAAUAGCUUUAACUGGUGCUGUUGAGCGUUAAUGGCAGAGGAAUUUUAGUCAAGGUUCGGUCAUAUCUUCGUUUGAACUUAAAUACUACUCGAAGUGGACUUGCUUAAAAGAUUUACGGAUUUCUCCCUAUUCUGUUGUGGGGCAAUAUCAACCAGUUUUCAUUUUCCCGCUAUUUUCUUGCAACCUGUUAAAUAUAUUGAGAUGAAAAGCGUUAAAUUUUUCUUUUAUUGACUGUUACUUUGAAAUAUAACAUUGACCUAUAUUCCCAAUUUUUUUAUUUUAAUUAUGGCUUCUUGUCAUUACACAUGAUGUACUUUCCUGAAAAACCGCAUUAUGUUCUCUGUCUCUAAGUUUUCAAUAUGGGUUCAAAAAUGUAAUCAUUUAUUCAGUUUGAUUUCCUUUGUUCAUCAAUGUAUAUUGAUGUGAAGCGCUGUAGCGCUGAAGUCUGUAUUUUAUUUAUUAUUAUGGGAAAAGCUUAUAAGUUUUGUUUUUAAGGAUUAAAACUUUUGAUCGAUGAAGUCUGGAUUAGAAUGGAUAUGACAUAUAUCGAUCAAGACGUGGUCCUGUGUAUCCAGGUUAAUUCUGCAGUUUAAAAAUUGGAGAUAAGCAAUGUAUUGAUGAUUGUGGUUUGGUUGAGUCAGGGCUUUGCGUGU